AUGAAUAAUAUCGAUCAAACACGUCUUGCUCGAUUACGUCCAGAAAAACUCGAUGAUGUGUCUGUUAAAGAACAGAUUUUACUGAUACAAAAAGCAUGUGGUAAUGUUAAUCCGGAAAAAAUAGCCCUUGUCUUUCAUGAAUGUGAUUAUAAUAUGCAAGAAACAAUAAAUCGAAUACGUGCAGGAGAUUUUGAGGAUGGUGGCUGGCAAACAGCUAAAUCAAAUAAUAAAAAGAAAAAUCAUAAUAUAAGUGAUCAAAAAAUGAAUGGUAAUAAUUUAAGUGAUAGUGAACGUUCUCUUUCUCAACGUACAUCUCCAACUUCAUCACUUCGUGGUGGACAUCAUCGAAAUGAUCAUUAUCAAUAUUCAACAUCAAUACGUACGAAUAUUGGACGACGUGGAAAUGAUUCUGGUCGAAAUCGUUUUAUUCCAUCGAAUUCACGUUAUUCACUUCGUAAUAAAUCAACAAGAACAACAACAGAUUCAUCACAACCAAUAAUCAAUAAAACAUCUUCAAUACCUAAACAAAUAAAUGAAGAAUUAACACAAAUAAUUUCACCAUUAACAGAUGAAUAUGAAUUUAUCGAUGGUAUAAGACAAUCAUUAAGUUUUGAUAAUAGUCAAAUGAAAACAUCAUUACAAACUUUAUCAAAACGUCAAAUACCAUCAACUAUUCCUCGAGAACCUGUAUCAAUGCAUCCAGCAGUAAAAUUUCCAACUGAACCAAUUGAUAUACAAUUUGGUGAUGUUCAAUGGAAUGAUUCUGUACCUAUAGCAGUUAGUCCGUCCAAUAAUACAGUUAUAUCAACAACAUUAGACAAUCAUCAUAAAGAUAUAUUAUCAACUAUAGACACUGAUAAUAAUCAGGAAAAUGAAGAGUAA